AUGGCAGACCAAAGUGCUCUAUCUUCAGAAGAGCUCUCUGAUCGCGGGACGAAGGAAACCCUUGGUAGAGGGCCGAUCAAAUCCUCCCCCCCUUCCCUAAAUGACAAUGAUUUCGAGGCCAAGGAGUUCCAUCCAACUGCAGGAACAUGGCUGGCUUUUCUGACUCUCGCGGUGCUCACAUUGAUGGUUGCGUUGGAUGGCACGUCCAUCUCAGUCGCGUUGCCGAUCAUCGCUGAAAGGCUGAAAGGCACUGCGAUCAAAGUGUUUUGGAGCGGAACCUCCUUUUUGUUGUGCUCCACAGUUUUCCAGCCGAAUUUCGCUUCCUUCUCGAAUAUUUUCGGCCGCAAGCCCGUGCUCUUCGUUGCAAUUGCUUUCUUUUUCGUCGGCACUCUUGUCGCUGGCCUCUCGAAAAACUUCACCAACAUGCUCGUUGGCCGCUCCAUCCAGGGAAUCGGAGGAGGCGGCAUCAUUUCCAUUACUGAGAUCAUAAUAACCGACCUUGUUCCAUUAAGGUUGCGAGGUAAUUACUUCGGUAUCCUCAGUGCCAUGUGGAGCAUAGGGUCAGUCACUGGGCCUAUUCUCGGGGGUGGCUUCGCUCAAAAUGUUACCUGGAGAUGGAUUUUCUACAUCAACUUCCCAUUCAUCGGAGUCGGAACGCUGUUUAUUAUCGUGUUUCUGAAACUGAACUUCAUUCCAGCCUCUUUGAUGUCGAAGCUUCGUCGUAUCGACUACAUCGGAUCUAUCCUUUUCGUCGCAUGCACCACCUCGUUUCUAAUUCCGGUGACUUGGGGAGGUGUGAUGUAUGAGUGGGAUUCCUGGCGAACGCUCGUUCCGCUCAUUGUCGGAUUCCUUGGGAUCAUCGUGACCAUGAUUUACGAGUUCAAGUUUACGGACAACCCCAUUAUACCCGUGACCGUUUUCGCAACCAGGACAGCAAUUAUAAGCUACAUCGAGACAGCUGUGCACGGUCUCGCCCUUUGGUGUAACGUAUAUUACAUGCCGCUCUAUUUCGAGACCGUCAAGGAAUACUCUCCCAUUAUGUCUGGAGUCGCGCUCUUUCCGCUGUCCUUCACCGUCGCCCCCGCCGGCGCCGUCGCCGGUUUUCUCGUUACCAAAACCGGUCGCUGGCGGUGGGCGGUCUGGUCGGGGUUUUUCCUAUCAACACUGGGCCAAGGACUUUUCACCAUUCUUGACAUCGACACCAGCACUGCGGCCUGGAUAUUCCUCACGCUCCCUGCGGGCAUUGGGAUGGGCCUCCUCUUCCCCGCGCUUGGAUUCGCAAUCCAGGCUUCUGCACGGCCCGGCCACAUGGCUAUCGCGGUCGCGAUGUUCAGUUUCUUCCGCGCCUUCGGGCAGUCAAUUGGCGUUGCGAUCGGCGGUGUCAUUUUCCAAAACCAAAUGCGGAAGAAUUUGCUCAAAUACCCUGAAUUUGUCAGUUCCGCAUUGGAGAUGAGCAAGGAUGCUGCCGGGCUCGUCCAAGUGGUUCGUGCCAUGGAGGACGGGCCGCAGAAACUCCACUUGAAAGAGGCCUAUACGGACAGUCUGCGCAUUGUGUGGGCUGUAGCCUGUGCUAUCAUUGGGCUCGCCGGCCUUCUAAGUCUGCUGACUGAAAGCUAUCCUCUGACGCUGCAGCUUGACUCGGACCAGACAGUCAGAGAGAAGAAGAGCGCUCUUCAGCCCGAGGAUGGGCUAAAGGCCUAG